UUUAUGCCGACGCGAUUGAAAACCUGUAAAAGUAAGAAAGAAAAACCAGUUUUUUAACCGUUUAAAUAGAAUCGCGUUAGACAUCAAUAAUGCCGAAAAACGGAGACGCUCUCGAAGAUGUCUCCCACCUCGAUGAAGGUUACGUUCCGUCAGUUAGAGCUCGGAUCACAGCUGUCGCUGGCUCAGUGUCUCAUUAUGGAAUAUCGUCUGGCCGUGCGUCAUCUGGAGCGCAGUGAUUUCAAGGAGGGAGUUCGUGCCCUUCUCAUCGACAAGGAUCAGAAGCCCCAGUGGCAGCCAACCAAGCUGGCCGAUGUCACCGAGGAGCAUGUGCAGUGGUUCUUCCGCAAGCUGCCGGACACCGAAGAACUCAAGCUCGAAUAACUACGAGGAAGAAUUCUCGCCGGUAUUUACCAACAACGAUUGUGAAAUUCAAUGCAUUUAAAUAUAUGAUAUACAUAUAUGCCUAUAUAUAUUAUAUACAAUUCGUAGUCCUAAUACAAUCAAUAAUUGUGCCUAAAGAAUCGUUAGAAUUCGUUUACCAAGAAUAAAAAGAAGUGUAUACGUUUGAUAA